AUGGACGAGCUCAUUCAACUCAAGCAAAUCGAUAUCGAUUCUCUUCCACAACUGCGCUCCCUCCUUGUGCACCUGAGUGUUCACGAUUACAUCGCAUCGAUACUGCUGCUGGUCGCGGCUGCCACAUAUCUGUCAUACGGAAAGUUAUGGGCAAAACCUGACCCCUACCUCUACAAGCUCUUCGAACGACCACAAGAGCAAUUUGGUCCAGUCACAAUCGAUGGACGUUCCAGGGAUAUUGCACGGCAACUUGUUGAGCAAAACAAAGAUGCUGUUAUCUUCUGGGGUUCACAAUCUGGUACAUCUGAAGGACUGGCACAUCGACUCGGGCGAGACUGUGCUGCUCGUUUCGGGCUCAACGUGCUUAUUGCCGAUCUAUCCGACUACGAACCUGCUACCAUUGCUCAGAUACCCAACACAAAGUUUGCCAUAUUCAUAGUGUCAACUUAUGGCGAAGGAGAUCCUAGCGACAAUACUUGCGAUUUUCUCUCAUGGCUACAGAACCAGCAAGACCCUCUUCAAGAUCUGAGAUAUGCAGCAUUCGGGCUCGGUAACAGCAAUUACGUCUACUACAACAAAGUCGUCAACGACGUAGUACGAUGUCUUGAAACCCUCGGUGCCAAACCCCUGCUACCUGUGGGCAUGGCAGACGAUGCAAGCAGUGGCACCGAGGAAGACUUCGCUUCAUGGAGGGACGACUUAUUUGCCAUGUUCCACAAGGUUCUAGGCCUGCAGGAACAAGCACCCCAAUACAUUCCGACCCUUCGAGUUACUGAAGGGGAAGAUGCGAAUGAUCCACUGCCUCUUCUGGGAGAACCGCGACCACUUAAGCUAUCAAAGAAAGCCCAGCGCGAUUACAGUGCUGUUAAUCAGCUGCCAUUGAAGGAGAUCAAGGUGGUAACGCGCUCUAAUACUAACACGCGAAGCUGUCUGCAUCUCGAAGUCGAUAUUCGGGCUCAUCCUCAGAUCAAGUACAAGACCGGCGACCACUUGGCUGUAUGGCCAACGAACGCUGCGGAGGAGGUACAACGCAUUAUUGCUGUUCUUGGACUGCAACAGAAGCAACAUAAAACCAUUGUUGUUGCAAGCACCGAUUCACAGGAAGACGUGAAGGUUCCACGAAUGUCUACGAUAUAUGCCCUCUUUCAGCAUCAUCUUGAAAUCAGCGCGCCAGUAUCUCGCGACACAGCCAUAGCCUUAAGCCGACUGGCUCCAACGGAGAUAACAAAGUCGUUUCUCCAAAGCCUCAGCAACAAGACCGCGUACUCAGCUUUCAUUGCGCGCAACCAUGUCACAUUCGCUCGUCUACUGGAGCAUUCUAUACUACAAGAUCCAACAGCUAGCUGGUCUCACCUGCCGUUGGCGUUCGUCAUCGAUUCUCUUCGCCCUGUGCAACCACGUUACUAUUCGAUCUCGAGCUCGUCCAUGACAUCUCCACGUCAAAUGGCUAUCACCGUGGCUGUAUCUCCCUCGGAACUUCCCAAAAAUCCUGCCGUCACCAUUUCUGGACUUACCACAUCCUAUCUCUCGACACUCGACAAGCACGCAGGAUCACGUCUAUGGAGUCACGUACGGCGAUCGACAUUUAAGCUACCAUUUCUUCACAAAACACCCAUUAUCCUUGUUGCGGCAGGCACUGGUAUUGCGCCUUUCAGAGGCUUCUUACAAGAGCGUGCACACAUGACUCAAAUCUCAAACCAGGAAAUAGGACAAAUUCUGCUCGUGUUCGGUUGUCGGAAGCCCGAUGAGGACUAUCUGUACAAAGAGGAGAUUGAAGCACUUCAAAGUGGCCCGCUCAAGGGUAGAUUAGAAGUGGUGACCGCAUUUUCGAGAGUGGUUGGUCAACCAAAGGUCUACGUUCAGGAUCGUCUAGCGGAACCCAAGCUCAAAGACCAGGUUGUCAAGCUGCUUUGUCACGAGGACGCCAGUCUGUACUUUUGUGGCAGCACGACGAUGGCUAAAACAGCUGGCAGAACACUAGUCGAUGCUGUACAGGAGUACCAGAAAGGAAGCGCGGCAGAUGGCAAGGCCUGGAUGGACGGCAUGAAGAGAAGCAGGAGAUGGCAAGAAGAUGUUUGGGGCUAA